UCCCAGUCUUGCCCUGGGAUUGGCUGCCAGAAGUUCUUCCACUUCUUGAGCCUGCGCAUUGCAGGACUAGAGCGAGGCGGGGGUCGGCGGGCAAGAUGGCGGCUACUGCGGCCGGUAUGGGCCGGCUAGAAGAGGAGGCUUUGCGGCGAAAAGAACGCCUGAAGGCCCUUCGGGAGAAGACCGGGCGCAAGGACAAAGAAGAUGGGGAGCCAAAGACCAAGCAGCUCAGAGAAGGAGAGGAAGAAGGCGAGAAGCACAGGGAACUUAGGCUGCGAAACUAUGUUCCAGAGGAUGAGGACCUGAAGAGGAGGAGGGUGCCCCAGGCCAAGCCAGUUGCAGUGGAAGAAAAAGUGAAGGAGCAGCUGGAGGCCGCCAAGCCAGAACCCGUCAUUGAGGAAGUGGACCUGGCCAACCUUGCACCCCGCAAGCCUGAUUGGGACCUCAAGAGAGAUGUGGCCAAGAAGCUAGAGAAGCUAGAAAAGCGAACCCAGAGGGCCAUUGCCGAAUUGAUUCGUGAGAGGCUGAAAGGCCAGGAGGACAGCCUGGCCUCUGCAGUGAAUGCCACCACCGAGCAAGAGACCUGCGACUCUGACUGAGGCAGAGAAACAGCUACCACACGCGAUGAGCACGCUGACAGAAAGGGCAGCAAGCAAGAAUACCUGGUGCCUUUGUAAGUGGCUACUAGCCCAACAAGUGGAGGAAUGAACACCCAAGGAAACUGAAAUGCCUUUAAAAUAUUUGUUUUAUCGCUAGAGAUUUAAAAAAAAGGACUUCCCAUAAUUCAAUAACAGGGAUUAGAUACAGAAAACAUCUUGGAAACAAAGAAUAUAUUUAUUGAAAUUAGAAACUCACUAGAAGAACUAAAUGGUAACUUACAAUCAAAGAAAGGAUGAAUAAAUUGGAAGCAAAGGUAAUCGAAAGCUUAUUAAGGUAAGAUUAAUAAAUUGGAAUUAAAGUUCAAGAAAUGAAAAAGGGUGAGAGAGACAAAGCAAGAGGAAGAGAGGGAAGAAUGAGAGCCUUGGUAGGCAGCUAGCAGUCCCUGAGCUGAUGGAGUUGCGGGGAGGAAGAGGAAGGAGAGCCUUGCAGGAGUGCUGACCACUCUCUUCCUGGCAUCUAGAGUAAUUGCCUGAGCUCAUCCUCCCUUUGCACACAGUUAAAAACACUAGGCAAAUAAAUAAUGACAACAAAUGCUUUUUAAAAUGUAUCCACGAGCUGGCAAGAAAAUAAGGAAUACUCAGACAAAAAGGCAAGAGGCAGAAGAAUGCUUAAGCCUGAUCUUUGCUAUGAGGGUAUUUGACAAACCAGGUGAAGUUAGCCUUGGUUUGGAGGGCCCUCAGUGCCUGGGCCUAAGGCAAUCCAGUGUGCUACUAGGAGAACCUUCCAUAAAGCUGGGGCACCUCUGUAAGCUAGUAAUAAACCUGCUCUCUUGGCACCCCAGAAGAAAUAUGAACCGUGUCACCUACCAGAGUGUAAAAAGAUCUCCCUUGAGAUCCAAGGCAGCCUUCAUGUGGGUUUGCACAGGAGAAAACCAAGUCAAGAAUUUAAAGUGGUCCUGGAAUGGUAAUGGUGUGAGACACUUGAUAGAACUGUGGUGCCUGCUUGGAAGAACCUUUAUUCAUCUCAGGUCUUCAAAGACAUCACCCCACCAAGUUCCAAGAAAAACGAGCAGUUUAUAAAGAAGUUCACCAGCUACCCACCAGCCAACAAAGCAGCCAGAGCCAAGGACGUCAGAAAGAACAUGACAGAAGCGACCUUCUGAGGGCUUCAGACAUGAGAAUUGUAAGUCAGUAAUGUAAAUGUUUAGAAAUGAUAUACAGACAUAAAGAGAGCCUGGAAAACAGAAAUAGAUUUGCAAAAGAGCCAAUGAUGGUCUGUAAAUAAAAAAAUAAUAAUAAUAAAGAAAAUACAACCGAAUUCGACUCAGUUCAUGAA